AGCUAUUGAUCAGGAUUCCAAAACCCAUUUCCUGCCCAGUCACUGGAAAGUUUACACACAUAUGCACACAAUAGGAUUUGCUGAGUGGUAGUGCACCUGCUUUGUAUGCAAAGGAUUUCAGUCUCAGCAACUCAGUUUCACACAAUUGCACGAAGCAUUAAAUUGGGUUGGUUUUAUUUUACAUAGGAUGUUAUAUGAAUGUAAUCAUUGUCCCUUAUUUAAGCUAACUAUGGCUUUCUCUGAUGCAUUAUCCCAGCCAUUUUAACACAGUUCUAUAUAUAACUUUGCCAAUGUUUUUUUUCCCUAUGGCAUAAAUGGGGACUCAAACCUUUAAAUAUCGCUUGACCCAAGUUCUAAUCAGCUCCACCCCACAUCAUUAAAGAUAGUUGGAAGCCUAGAGAACCCCCAAAUUCCUCAUCUUUGGAAUGUAAUUAGACCAGUCGCAAAACCAUUGGUGAAAAUUGUUUUUGCUCUAAUAUAAAAAAAUGUGCCUUGUGUAAAAGAAGUAUUGUUUCUUUUUUGUUUUGUUCAACUGGAAUCAAAAUUGUAAUUUAAGGACCCUAGCCUGGUUUGCAUUUAAAUAGGCUUUCCAUCUUGUAUGAGAUGCUUAGUGGAUCAUGGAAGGAGUAUGUCAUGCAAACAAGAAAAUCUAGUUAUAUAAACUACAUAACCCAGUGCAGUUAGUUUCCUCGUGAUGCACCCCUGCCAUAGAUGAUUAGUCUUCUUUAGGGGAUAAGACUAUGAUGUCUUCCUGCGACAUAUAACAAGCUUCUUCUUUUAGUAGACAAGUUUUUCUUGUGUCAGCAUUAGAGAGAUGGGCCUGCAGUGUUAGAUUCCAAGUAAAGUUGCAACCAUGUUGCUAAUGUUAAUUCCAAUUUUGCUAUUGCAAAGCUUAUUGGAUGGAUAGAAUUUAAUAUUACCAGGUCCUCAUUGUAUAAAAUCAUCAAAGGAUUUGUGAAUAAGUCUUGGGAAUAAACAAGUCCUAAUUGAAAUUCUGUUAAAAAUAAAGGGCAAAAUGAUAAUGACUAUGCAAUGAACCAAAUAAUAAUACUUCACUGUUUUCUAGUUUGCUUUUAUAAAAUUGAAUAUACUUUAUAUAUAUAUGUAUGAUUUCCCAUUUUCUUUUAAGAAAGUAGUAUAUACAGUAUGAGUGACUAAACAGUCUUCCAGACAAGGUUCCCAUGAUAUUGUUUAAAUAUUGAAAAAGAGGUACAUUAUAUAAUUGAGAACUAAGAUCCUUUUGGCCUUAUGGCCAGUUAUGUCACUUUGGCAAGAGACAUGACUAUUGUAUUACAUUGGGGAUUCAUUCCGUAUUACUGCAUAUACCCUGCUGUGUUUUACUACUGAAAACCUUGUAACUAGUGGUGGGAUUCAGCUGGUUCGCACCGGUUCAUCAAAACCGGUAGCUAAUUUUUGCUGCAUUCGGAGAACUGGCUGGCUUCCAGAAGUUCAGUCUAGGCCUCAGAGGCCUGGAGGAGACCUCCCAGGCCUAGAAUGGCCCACUGGAAGUGCAUGGAUGCCACUUCCAGAAGCCUAUUCUAGGCUUUGGAGGCCCAUGCCUGUAUCGAAUAAGAGAACUGGUUGUUCAGUCUUGCUUUGCAUCUGCCCUGUGCAUUCGGUGUGGGCUUGUGUCCGUUCCUGUCCCGCCAGUUGUGUCUGCACUGAAGAGAAGAGUUGUGCCAUUCUUUGUGACCGAACUGGCCUUGCACAGAUCCCUAAUGAGUUUCCUUGUGAAGCAUAUUCUAUUAACUUGGAUAAAAAUAACAUCAAAUUCCUUGCUGAGAGGGCAUUUGGUACCCUCCCAGCCCUAAAAUCUCUCUCAAUAAGCCAUAACAACAUAUCCUUUAUUACUCCUGGUGCUUUCAAAGGGCUUGCUAGCUUAAUUGAGUUAAAAAUGGCCCACAAUGAAUACAUUCGUUAUCUGCAUACCAGGACUUUUAUUUCUCUCCAGAGACUAGUUCGAUUGGAUUUAGCAGACUGCAAUCUUUUCAACAUUCCAGACAGGAUUUUUAUAGAACUUCCAGCUCUUCAAGAACUCUUCUUCUUUCAGAAUAACUUCCGAAGGAUCCCAGGAGCUAUAAGAGGGAUGGAGAAUUUAACCCAUGUUUAUUUGGAGAAAAACAAGAUAGAAGCAGUAGCAUAUAAUUCACUUCUGGGCCUGAUCCGGUUGAAAUAUCUCAAUCUGCAAGUCAACAGAAUAAAUGUCAUUCAUAAUAGAGCUUUUCAGGAUUGCCAGAAACUGGAGUAUCUUUAUUUAAAUGACAACUUUAUCAGUGACCUCCCUGAUAAUUCCUUUGAUGGUCUGCGGCAUCUAAAGAUGCUUAAUCUUGGUGGUAACUUUUUCAAAAUUGUCUCUAAUACUUGGUUCCAGGAUCAAUCUGAACUGGAAGUUUUGUAUUUGGAUAGAAACUGGAUCAGUUAUAUUGAGGAAGGUGCUUUUGAAAACCUCACAAGUUUAGUAUAUUUGCACUUGAACAGUAACAAUUUAACUACGUUGCCUUUCUUAGUCUUUCAACCAGUCUAUCUCCUAGGAAGACUCUACCUUUUCCGGAACCCCUGGGAAUGCGAUUGCAAGAUUGAGUGGCUGAAAGAGUGGAUGGAGAAUUAUGGACUUGUGAGAGAUAUUCCUUGCACUUCCCCAUCUUCAGUAGUUGGCCUUGACUUAAUUGAUGUUAUUUUUGAGAAGACAGAUGAAGGUUUAUGUCUUGACCCAGAAGAAUUAAACAUCUCAUCUUCUACCCCUCUUCCCAUGCAAGAACUACAGUCAACUACAGAGAAUAAAUUCAACAGUCUUAUCUCAAAAUUUCUACUCCAGAAGGGACUUUCAGAGGAGGCGGUAAACACCACAGAAGGUUUCAGCAACACUACUCUGUUAGAUGACUUGAUUAAUAAAGCAUCUUUAGGACAAGGAGAAUGUAAUACAAAACAAAUAUAUUUUAAUAUUUGGGUAUUCUUUGUAUCUCAAGUGUUAUGGACCAUAUAGCCCAAAAUUCUUUAAAAUUAAUUUGACUGUUUUUCUACUCAAACAAUGGACCAAAAGAAGAAAAUUGUGAUAUCAAUACUAUAUUUAGAACUAAAUUUAAAAAUAUCUUCUGGGCCCAUAUUUUAAAAUAGAUUCAUAUUCAUAGCAAUGACAGUUAUUUCACAUAGUUAAGAAAUUAAAAUGAGAGAAAACUGGAAGGUAAUAAAGCCAGUUGUGUUUAUUAAGGAAGUUCUGCAAAACACAUCACAGGUUUCAGCAAUAUUACUCAGAUAUGGAAACAGUACUAUAGUAUUUAGAGGUUCUGAAUGAAAUGGAAGCCAAAAGAGGAGUAACUUCCCCUAGGUUUCAGAGACAUUUGGUACCAGUUGUGGGAAAUGAUAUAUUGAUUUAGAUCAAACAAUGUCAAAUUCUCAGUUUCAUUUUGUCAUUUUAACUCUGCUUAAGAGGGAGGUUUGAACCCUGCAGUUAGGGCUGGAGGGCAAUUUACUUCUUAAUAAAAAAAACUGAUAUUCAUAGGGAUUGAUACUAAUAGAAGACACUAUUUGUAGCUCAGGGUUGAAUUGUUGAUAUGCUGAAGGAUGGAAGAUGUAACCUAGUUGGAUAAUGAAACAUCUCCACGAAACAACCAAGCUCAGUGAACACCAAGGACCCUCCAAUAGGGAUUGAUACAGUAGUUGUUGUCCAGUUUGUGACUGACUUAAGCAGGUCCUCAUAUUUUUUUCUAUGAAAACUGCCAAAAGUAUCUCUGUAAUGCUUUAAAAUAAGGAGCAAACUUAUGCACUUACAUUGUCUGUGUUACACUCUAGAUCUCAGAAACUGAAAGGCAUAAUAA